AUGACGUGUGCGGCAUGCACGAGCUCUGUGGAGAGGGCCCUUGCUGCAGUGCCAGGUGUUAUGAAAGUUAGGAUUUCCUUGGCUCUGGGAGAGGCAGAAGUGGAGUGCACAGCCAGUGCUCAGGAGAACGACCUUCUCCAAGCAGUUGAGGAUGCUGGCUUUGGUGCACAAGUCACCAACGGGAGUGCCACCCACUGCAUCAGCAUUGAUAUACAAGGCAUUAGCAAAGGCUCAAGUGCCGAUGAUAUUGAAAAGGCACUCAAAGGACGACCCGGAGUGAUGGAGGUCAACAUGUCCGAUGCCUCCAGAGUGGAGGUAGAAUACAACCCAGAUGCCACUGGACCCAGGGACCUUGUGCGUGCUGUUCAAGAACUUGGCUUUGGGGCAAGACUGGUGGAGUCUGGCGGUGACGCCGAGAGGGUUGAUGCGCAGUGCAGAGAAAGGGAAUACUGGUGGACGUUGUUCUCCACCAGCCUGCUGUUUUCCGUUCCAGUGUUUCUCAUGGCGAUGUUGGUGCCGAGGAUGCCAGGUGGGAGCGUUGUCAAGACAGAAGUCUUGGGUCUACCCUUCGAUGUGCUUUUCAAAUGGGCGUUGACAACACCCGUUCAGUUUGUCAUUGGCUGGAGGUUUCAGUCAGGAGCUUGGAGGGCCUUGCGGCGCGGCACUGCAAACAUGGACGUCCUUGUAGCACUGGGGACAGAUGCAUCCUAUCUGUACUCCAUUAUAUCAGUCUUGCACCACAGGUUCCUGGAUCACACCAGAAAUGAAUACACGCCAACUGACUUCUUUGAAACGUCAGCCAUGCUCAUCACGUUUAUUUUGAUGGGCAAGUACCUGGAAUCGGCGGCAAAGGGGAAAACAUCAGAGGCGAUCGCGAGUCUCCUUCGACUCAUGCCUGACGGUGCUGUUCUUGUGGCAUUGGGAAAGAAUGGCGAUGUGGUUAUGGAGGAUGACAUACCAUGCAACCUUGUGCAGAAGGGCGACUACCUCAAGAUUUAUCCUGGUGCAAGGGUGCCUGCAGAUGGGGUGGUGGUUGAGGGCGUCUCCCACAUGAACGAGUCCAUGAUCACAGGAGAAUCCCGGGAGGUUGUGAAGAAGCAAGGGGACAACGUCAUUGGGGGCACAGUUAACACGGGGGGUGCUCUGCUCAUCAAGGCCACACGCGUCGGAUCGGACACCUCCCUUGCUCAGAUAGUCCGCCUGGUUGAACGUGCACAGCUGUCCAAGGCCCCCAUCCAGGCGAUGGCAGAUCGAGUGUCGUCCAUCUUUGUGCCCAUCAUUGUGUGCUUGGCAUGCCUGACCUGGCUCGCUUGGUACAUCAGUGGCAAGGCCGGGAUGUUCCCUGCAGAAUGGGUGCCACAGGGACACGAUUUUUUCCUGUUUGCGCUGCUGUUUGCCAUUGCGGUUCUGGUCAUCGCCUGCCCUUGUGCCCUUGGACUGGCGACGCCAACCGCCGUAAUGGUGGGCACAGGGCUAGGGGCCCAAAUGGGGAUUUUGAUCAAAGGCGGGGAAGCUCUGGAGAAAGCGCACAACGUUGAUUCCAUUAUUUUCGACAAGACAGGGACGCUGACACUGGGCAAGCCAUAUGUGGUCACUCAUCAGCUGUUCGACCCCGACGUGUCAUCAGAAGAGCUAUUUGCCCUGGCCACAGCUGCGGAAGCUUCAAGCGAGCACCCGCUGUCCCGCGCGAUCAUGAAGCACGGCUUCCGCCUGCUGGCGGGCCCGAACGAUCGCUGCCCUUCGCCAAGCCCUGAUACCCAAAGGAGCUGUGGGAAGAAGAGGGAGAAGAUGGAGGUGGGGUGGGUCCGGCCCUCAAGGAACGUUGACAACCGCCCUGGCAAGGGAGUCGUGUGCCAAACGGACGGGCGAAAAGGUGCGGAGGCGCGGGUGGCGGUGGGCAGCGCAAGGCUCAUGAAGGAAGAGGGCAUGUCCAUCAGCGAGGAGGUGAGCGGCGCAUUGCAAGCUUAUUGCUUCGACUUGUCCGGUUCUCUGGGCGACUGCCUGAGCACAGCUUGUAGGCUCAGGAUCCAUUGUGCUGCGUUCUUCUUCGAAGAAAGGACACUGGAGAGAAUGUUAUGCAUGCAAGGGUGCUGUGUCACUCUCUAG